CGUUACGUUAUAAAGUAGAGAAAAAACCUACCAACAAUGAUACAAGACGUCAAAGUUUUUGGUUUUGGCAUUGCUGAACAGUUACAGAAGCAUGUUAACUGCGAGGUGGACGGACACCCUUUGUGGGCCAGCAGAUUUUUAUAUAGCGAUCCUGAUGCCGUGUACAAUACUUACAUGGAUUUUUUGCGAGCCGGCUCGCAAAUCAUAUCUACUAUUACGUAUCAGGCAUCGGUCGAAGGUUUUAUGGAAAAUUUCAACGUGAGCCGUCAAGAAGCUAUUGGUCUCAUGAAAAAAGCCGUCGAGUUAGCCCAAAAAGCUGUCAAUGAUUAUAAACAGGAGGUUAAAGGACGGGAUGUUCCUAAUCCUGAGCCUUUAAUAGCUGGUUCCAUUGGUUCCUAUGCAGCUUUUUUGCAUGAUGGUUCUGAAUAUUCUGGCCCUGCUUAUGCCAAAGAACAGUCCCUCGAUUACAUUGUUGCAUGGCAUGAAGCUAGAAUACUAACUCUUCUUGAUGCUGGAGUAGAUUUUUUGGCUUUUCAUUUAAUGCCAAGUGUCAAGGAAGUUAUAGCUUUAAUUGAAUAUCUAAAAUCUAUCCCAAGUGCCAAAGCAUGGUUUACUUUUUCUUGUAAAACUGAUGGCCAAAGUAUCGUUGAUGGGAAUAAUUUCAAAGAUAGUAUUAUAAAUUGUUACAAAACUGCAAAUCACAAGCAGCUCAUUGGACUGGGUUUGAAUUGUUUACCUCCAAAAAUUAUGACACCUUUUAUCAAGAGUAUCAGUCAAAAAGAAAUUGGUAUAUCAAUACCACUGGUUGCCUAUCCUAACAGUGGUGAAAUUUAUUCAAAGGAGACUUCAAGCUGGCUUCCAAAAAGUGAUGACUAUGGUCCUGAAAAAUUUGUGGGAGAAUGGCUAGAUAUGGGGGUACGUUUUAUUGGAGGCUGUUGCAGAACAACAGAUAAAGACAUUCAUACUUUUACCCAAGAAGUUCACAAAUGGAAAAAUAAUUGUAGUUUAUAGAAA